UGACGGCUUUGCUCGCAGUGGGUGGUUCGUUGUCGACUGGUGUUUACAUCUAGUCACGGAGAGCUUCGCGAUAAGCAACAUGUCUGCUUCCAUAGUAAGAGCGACUGUAAAGGCGGUUAGCAGGCGAAAGAUUUUAUCAACAAGAGCUGCUUUGACGCUGACACCUUCGGCUGUAAAUAAGAUCAGGCUGCUUUUAGAGAAUAAGCCCGAAUAUAUUGGGCUCAAAGUUGGUGUACGGACCAGAGGAUGCAACGGGCUCACUUACACACUCGACUAUACCAAGGAGAAGGACAAAUCAGAUGAAGAGGUGUUACAGGAUGGUGUGAGAAUUUUCAUUGAGAAGAAGGCUCAGCUGUCCUUGCUGGGCACAGAAAUGGAUUUUGUCGAGACAAAACUCUCCAGCGAGUUUGUGUUUAACAACCCCAACAUCAAAGGAACGUGCGGUUGUGGGGAGAGCUUCAACAUUUAAGCAGCUUCCAGUCGUGUAUACUUCACGAUACACAUCGCACUUCCAUUCCCCAAUCAGAGACUAAGAACCACCGUGUGGAGUUAAAGACUCAAGCGUGAGACACGGAUGCAUUGACCUUCAGCUCCCUGUGCCACAACCGCCUGAAAAUAUCUUCACCACCAAUGAUUAGUGAAUAGCGUUCAGCUCAUUUAGUGUUUUUCUGUACAUUAGAAUAUAAUGUAAAA